UUUCUUGCUCACCUCCUUCCACAGCAAAAACAACCACUCUUUUGGGCAAAUCAUGGAGAGAGUUAGCCUUUGUUUGGCACUGUUGCUUUGCCUUGCCAUCUCCGCAGUCAAUGCUCAGAGCGCUAGCAAUGUUAGGGCAACAUAUCACUACUACAACCCCGACCAGAACGGGUGGAACUUGAAUGCCGUCAGUGCUUACUGCGCAACAUGGGACGCGAAUAAGCCACUGGCUUGGCGGAAGAAGUAUGGGUGGACCGCCUUCUGCGGCCCGGUCGGGCCUCGUGGCCAAGAGGCUUGUGGCAAAUGCUUGAGGAUCACAAACACUAGGACCAAUGCGCAAAUUACGGCAAGGAUCGUCGACCAGUGCAGCAACGGAGGGCUCGAUCUGGACUACAACACCAUCUUCCGCCCACUGGACACAGACGGAAACGGAUACAACCAAGGACACCUCACUGUGAACUACCAGUUCGUUAACUGUGGUGACUGAAUCACAUACGAUUUCCAACUUUCGUAUGUUUGUGCCUGGAAAAAAUAAGGCUUUGUUAAGAAAUAAGUGAUCGCUUCUUCUGUAAUAGAAGCCAUCAUUACGAAAUAAUAAGAAAUUAUUAUCGUGAAUA